AUGUCGAACGAAGAAGUAGGAGAGUCAGGAAUUAUUGUAUUUGAUCCUCCCUUAUGGAAACAACGAAGAGCACUAGUGAACGAUACGCUAAGAAAGGAGCGCGUUACUUCUGCUAUCGAUUUUGGGUGCGGAGAAGGUCAAAUAUUGUCUUUGCUGACGUAUCCGUACGAUGAGUAUCCGAUAACACGUCUCGCAGGGGUUGAUAUUGAUGAGGAGGCAUUGAACAUAGCGCGAGAACGUUGUCAGCCCGAUGAACUUGACAUUAAUAUAUCGCCAUUGACUGUUGACAUUUACCAAGGGAGCAUUGAUGUGGCUGAUAAGAGGUUGAUGGGAUACGAAGCUGUGAUCUGUAUGGAAGUAAUAGAACAUGUUGAUCCGCCAGUUUUAGACAAGUUCUUUGAUGUAGUUUUAGGGACGUAUAAGCCACGAAUACUGAUCGUAUCAACGCCCAAUGCCGAAUUCAAUGUGUACUUCCCUCAGCUGAAAUAUGGAACGCCGGAAGCCAAAUUCAGAAUAGAUGAUCAUAGAUUCGAGUGGACACGAAAAGAAUUUGCUGACUGGUGUAACGCGGGAGCCUUAAAAUACAAUUACUCGGUUAAUUUUACAGGAGUAGGUGUUUUGCCCUACUGUGAUCCAGCUGUCGGCACUUCGACACAGAUUGCAAUAUUUAGGGAUUUGUCUCCAACCUCUAAAUCGAUUAAUUCGACAUUUGGGACGUAUAAACACUUGGAACAAAUUGUCCAUCCACAUUUGGAUGAGCCAAUGAAGAGUAACGCUGAGAUACUUGAUAAAAUUCAUUAUUUUAUGAAGUAUAUCAUUAAUCCAAUAGGCGGCAAGGGUAGUAAUGAAGCUAUUAUAUCUGGAGUCAACGAGAAUGGAGUUAACGAGGAUGGAGUCAACGAGAAUGGAGUCAUCACGUAUAUUGACAAUGCCACCGAUGGCAUGUCAACAAUAAAUUCGGCACGUAACAACACGACACACGUCAACUUUAGCUCUUCUCAUCAACCAAAAGUAGUUAAAUUAGAUGAUCUAUGGAACAUUCAGGAGAUUUGGUUGCUGUGUCGUAAGAAAAACAAACUACGUGAAGUCCUUCUCUCGUCUCCGUCUGAAUUCUCCUUUCUAAACGAUGAUAGUGUGCUAGUAUAUAAAGAAUAUCCUCCUGACGAAGUUGAAGAGGAAGAAGAAUAUGUACCAUAUUCAGAGACUGCUUCGUCUCCAUGGAAUGGAGAUACGAAAGAUGUGUAUUCAGUAGACUACGACGGUAAUGAUGAAAACAUAGAUUCUAAUGAUGGGUGCGAGUGGAAACACUUCAGUAUUGAAGAAUCCGCUGACAUAGGGUGGGAUUAA